AUGUCCAUUCGCCCAGCCACGAAGUCCGAUUUGGACGCCAUCACAUGGAUUGCUGUUGCGGCUCUUCCAGCAGAUCCUGUUUGCACGUACCGUUUUCCCUACAGAGAGCAGUAUCCCGAAGAUCACACCAAGUACACACGUAUUCGAAACGAGGAGUACAUGAUGUCCGGGGAAAAUGCAUUUUUUGUUUAUGAGUGCCCAAGCAUUGAGGACCCUACUGUUACGAAGCCAGUGGCCUAUAGUAUCUGGCAGCUUCCUCCUUCCGAAGUGCAACCACCCGAGACAAGUACAAACGCUGGACCGCCAACAGAUCACCUUCAACGGAAGGAUGCAGCGCCAGAGCGCAUGAAGGCUUAUAGAGCGGCGAUGUCAAAAGCAAAGGCGCAAUGGUUCGAUGAAAAGUACGGUGAUCAGCAGCUUUACUUGUCAAUGUUGGCAUGUCAUCCAUCUUAUCAGCGGCGUGGCGCAGGAGAAUUGCUAUGCCAGUGGGGCUUCGAGAAGGCCGAGAAGCAAAACUUGACUCUGACGCUUCUUGGAAGCCCCAUGGGAACUAGACUUUACAACCGGCUGGGAUUCACAGAAGUCGCCAAGUUCAGAACCCAGGUGGAUGGAGAGGAGGAAUACUUCGAUACGUCUGUGAUGGUUCUGGAACGUACCUAG